GACUUUUUACUUUGUUUUUACAGAGUGAUUUGUUUACUUACGAUGGCGUUUCACCAUGUUAAAUUUAUUUACGGAAGUGAAUUCUGAUACAGUAUGUAUUUACCAUAGUCAAAGUGCUAAGAAAUAGCAUUUCUCUUCAGUCCUGUUGAAUCCGGCCAGUUUUCUUUGCCUAUAAUUUAUUUUUAUUCCUUUUACUUUUCUUUUUCAGAUAUAGCGUUUAUCUCGAUUCUACGUAAAUUUUCUUGGCAAAUUAGAAAGACUUGACCACAAUGUCAAUCUUAUACGAACCGACCGCGUUGCCUCUAGCGAACACUCCUACAAUGUUUAACACUGUCCCUGGAAGCAGAACUCGCCCUAGCUCUCAGUCGCAGUCGAUUCCUGUGGAAUUCCAAGCAGUCCUGUUUGCUGGCUUUGGUAACAGUUUGUAUCCAUUGACCGGCAAUGAUUCCUUGCCCAAGGCAUUGCUUCCUGUUGGCAAUAAGCCGAUGCUUCAUUAUCCCUUGUACUGGUUAGAAGCAGCUGGAUUUAGUUCUGUAAUUAUUAUUUGCAUGGAAGAAGCCGAAGCUCACAUCAGCUCUUGGUUACGCUCUGGUUAUGAUGGCCAUUUAAGAGUACAUGUGGAAGCUCCUACUGUGAUGGACGACUCUAUGGGUUCCGCCGAUGCACUUCGUGCUGUGUCCCAUUUGAUCAAGACUGAUUUCGUUUGUUUGAGUUGCGAUAGCAUCACCGAUUUGCAGCCUUACAUGGUUUUAGAUCGCUUUCGCUUAAAUGACCCCUCUGCUCUUGUCGUUUAUAGCCAUGUAUUGAAGCAUGAACACACUACAAACCAAUCCAAAGAAAUUAACGAGAAGCACUUAAUUGGUGUGGAAGAGUCGUCCCAAAGACUGUUGUAUGCCAAAAGCUCAGCUGAUAUUGGAGGAGAUUUAUCCCUUCGAAUGUCCUUACUAUGGAAACACCCUAAUAUUACACUUCACACAAACCUCGUCGAUUCACAUAUUUACGUUUUCAAACAUUGGAUCAUGGAUCUCAUUCGGGAAAAGGAAAACAUUUCCUCUAUAAGCAGUGAUCUGAUUCCUUACCUAGUGAAAUGCCAAUAUCAAAGACCUUUCGCUAUCCGUGAAGAUAUUAACAAAUACUUGCAAAGCUCUUCAGAUGUAGAUUCUGAAAAUGUCUCUGAAGAAUUGCUUAUCAAUACCUUUAUUGCCAAGGAAGAAUAUCUUUGUGCUCGUGCAAAUAAUUUGCCGAACUACUUUGAACUCAAUAGAUGCAUUGCAAAGUUGACGCCUGAUCCCCGUCUCAUCGAUGUCAAUGUCUCCGAAAGAGCUCUUGUCGGAGCUGAUUGCAUGGUCAAUGAAGGUACAUCCAUUUGCGAUAAUAGCAACAUCAAAAAGAGUAUCAUUGGAAGAAAUUGCUCCAUUGGUAAAGGCGUUGUCGUUAGUAAUUCCAUUCUAAUGGACAAUAUUGUCGUGGAGGACGGUGUCCGUUUAGAUUGUUGUAUUGUUGCUUCUGGAGCCAAUGUUGGUCAACGAUCUAAACUUCGAGAAUGUGAGAUUGGUGUCAAUCAUCAUGUUGAGGCUAAACGUACUGCUAGAGGUGAGCGGUUAGUAGACAUGGAAAAAAUUGAGACGGACGAUGACAAAUAAAUGGCAAUAUGGUAGUUAUUUUUUGGGUUACUUUUUUGUGGGUCAUUUUCUAUUCUUUAGAUCAACCCUUUAGAAAAUCAAUAAGAUAUGGUUGGUAGUUGAUCAUGGUGGAGUUUUUAUUUCAUUUACAAUCUUCUUAUUUCCUACACUAUUUUCCUUCUUCGACUGAUUCUAUAUCACAAUCAAGGACUUUCAUUCAACUAGUCUAACGUAACGUCUCCUAUCCCAAUCUGUUUUUUCCUUUCAUUUUUUCAUUCCUGUCUAUUACACUACAUGCUCUAAAAAAAAGUUAGCAAAUUAUCCCAAAAGGAAAAAAGAAAAAUGAAAGACAUUGACAAUUUUAAAAACAC